CCCACCAUAGAGAAGAAGUGGGAAGUCAAGUGACGAUGGAAACAAUGUGGAUUGUGGCCCGAGUCUCAACAUCAAAUUAAUCGCCAGAAGCUGAGACGCACAGCAAAGCAAAGCAAAAGCCCAAGUAGCUCGCAGUUAGCUCUUCAAUUCCUCAAAUUCUCCGCCCAUUCUCAUCUGCUUUCUCUGCUUUCUAUUUUAUAAAUCCCAUCUCUGUCCCUUUUUCUCUUCUCAUCUUUUCCUUUCUCUCCGUUUCUUUUCCUUAUUCUCCCCAGAAAUCAAUCUCUGGUUCGUUUCUACCUAACAUAAAAGGAGCAGAAGUCACCAAUGACUACAAUAUUCCGGGGAUUAGGAGCUUUAACGGCUUCUAAUUCCUUCGAUUCCAAGAAAUUACAGCUCCCCUCUCCCAGAUCCUUUUCAGAGAGGAAAGCGAGCUUCCUCUUGGUCAGAUCUGAUGGGAGCGUGAACCUCAAUCUAGGUUCUAAUUCUAGAGCUCGCAGGGCCGAGCAGUUGAUUACCAAUGCUGUUGCGACAAAGGCUGAUGGUUCUGCAGCUUCCACGGCAUCUAAACCUGGACAUGAACUUCUACUCUUUGAGGCCCUAAGAGAAGGCUUGGAAGAAGAAAUGGACAGAGAUCCCACUGUUUGUGUUAUGGGUGAAGAUGUGGGUCAUUAUGGAGGUUCUUACAAGGUGACAAAAGGUUUGGCAACAAAAUAUGGGGAUCUUAGAGUUCUUGACACCCCUAUUGCCGAGAACUCCUUCACUGGUAUGGGUAUUGGAGCUGCCAUGACUGGCUUGAGGCCAGUUGUUGAGGGUAUGAACAUGGGGUUUCUCCUUCUAGCUUUCAACCAGAUCUCAAACAAUUGUGGCAUGCUUCACUACACUUCAGGUGGACAGUUUAAAAUACCCAUAGUUAUUCGUGGACCUGGUGGAGUUGGGCGGCAGCUUGGUGCUGAGCACUCGCAACGCCUUGAAUCAUAUUUUCAAUCAAUUCCUGGAAUCCAAAUGGUUGCAUGCUCAACCGCUUAUAAUGCCAAGGGAUUGAUGAAAGCUGCAAUCCGAAGUGAGAAUCCAGUUAUACUCUUUGAGCAUGUUUUGCUUUACAACCUCAAAGAGAGAAUCCCUGAUGAAGAAUAUAUUUGUAAUCUCGAGGAAGCUGAGAUGGUUAGGCCUGGAGAGCAUGUGACUAUUUUAACCUACUCACGGAUGAGAUAUCAUGUGAUGCAGGCUGCCAAAACUUUAGUGAACAAGGGAUAUGAUCCUGAAGUGAUUGACAUCAGAUCACUAAAACCAUUUGAUCUCUACACAAUUGGGAAUUCUGUGAAGAAGACGCAUCGUGUCCUGAUUGUGGAGGAAUGCAUGAGGACUGGUGGCAUUGGUGCUAGCUUGACUGCAGCUAUCACUGAAAAUUUCCAUGACUAUUUGGAUGCUCCAAUUGUAUGCUUGUCUUCACAGGAUGUACCUACCCCCUAUGCUGGGACAUUGGAGGAAUGGACUGUGGUUCAACCUGCCCAGAUUGUGACAGCGGUUGAGCAGCUGUGCCAAUAGUUAGAGUAGAAUAAAUAGUCAUCACCACUGGUAGAAUUUUCAUGUCCUUCAACUUAAUACUUUCCAUUUCAGCUUCGUUUGAAGUCGUCAUUUAAUUUCAUUUUUUGUUAACAAUUUUGUGCUGUUGAAACUUGCAGUUGUCCAUCAAGGGGAGGCUUUUCUAUUAUUGUUUUUUCUUCACAGUGAGCUAAUAUUGUUGUAAUGAUUUGUGGGUAGAUAUGUGGAAUUCUCAUCAAUACUUUUAGGUUUGGUAUAAUUCUAGCCUAAACUGGUACUGGAGAAUGUCAAAUGCUAAAUGAUCUCAGUUACUAGUGUUUAAAUGGCUGGAGAAGGCAUUUCAGCCAUUUAUACUUUAACACUUCCAGCUGUCUGAAGCUGUCAUUAUUAUUACUAUUUUGUUGAAAUUUGCAACUGUCCAAGUUGACGCAUUUUCUGUUUUA